AUUGUCAAUUCGUCAAUGUAAAAAAGUUGCAAGUGAAGUCGAGUGCUGUUGUUUUUUCCUAAAUUUGUUUACCUUUAAAUUUAAUUUUACGGGUAAAGUGUUAAAACAUUUUUUGUGUUUCGACUUAGAAAACAAAAAGUUUUUCAAUUACAGCAAAGAAGUAAAAUUUGGAAGUGGAACAUAUACUUAACGGGAUACCCCGUUUCUCUAGUGAUCCUCAAAAAUUAUUAUGCCUCAUGAUUUAAAAGAGUUGGGCGUGCGAAAAGCGCUAAUGGCUCCACUAUCUCCGACCCCAUGCGCAGAGAUCAGUGACGAUGAGCUGGUCUCCAUCUCCGUGCGGGACCUGAACAGGCAGCUCAAGAUGCGGGGGCUGACCAGGGAUCAGAUUGUGAGAAUGAAGCAGCGUCGUCGUACACUGAAGAACAGGGGUUACGCAGCCUCUUGUCGCAUCAAACGGAUCGAGCAGAAAGAUGAACUUGAGACAGAAAAGAGUCAGGAAUGGCACGAUAUGGAAAUGAUGCAAGAAGAAAACACAAGGAUACGUGAAGAGAUUGAAGCUUUGCGCGGGAAAUACGACGCGUUAAAGCGGUUCGCGCUAAUGAAGAGUAUUCCUUUGCCGCCCGAACUCGAGAUCUUGCCAUAGACAAUCCAAUAGAUAAUAGGGUAGUUGCCAAGGUCAGAGAAUUGUAAAAAAUAUGUAUAAUCUAUAUAAAAUUGAUAUAUUUAGAUCAUUAUGAUAAUUCAUAGACUGUGACAAUGCAGCUGGAUCUGAAUAUGAAGAUUUAAGGUUAGUUGGAAAGUCCAUUUUCAAACAGUAUGAAAUUAUUAAAAUAAAUUGAACCAUUAUAAAUAACAAAAAUUUUGUAACAACUUUUAUUAAGAAAUCAUCACCAUAAACGUAUUAUUUAAUGUAGCUGUCGAACAAACAUAUCUUUGUUCGCGAACAUUUUCGCACGCUGUGACGUCACUUGUUCGUGUCAUUCAGUACGGAGCGUUUGGACGAGUCCAAAAAUGUGUGAUUUUAUUUUUGUCAUAUCUUUGAAAGUGUUGUCUUGUAUUGUAUUGUCAUUAUCACAGUAUUUUUUUCACUGGAGUUUCUAAUGAUAUAAGAGCCUUCGAAUAGUCAUCAAAACAGAAAUUUGGCAACUAGCCUAUUAUGUGGAUAUAUAUCGUAACUAAUAUUAUAAAUGCGUAAGUAAAUUUGUUUGUUACCUCUGCAGACUCUGUCUACUCAAACAAUUUUAUUUUCCACUUUGCCGCGUUUACCAUAUAUAUUUUUAUAACCGAAACUGAAAUAUGUUUAUGCAAAUAGGACAGUUAAUGGAUUUACAUUUGUAUGGGUUAAAUAUUUACAUUUAUACGGGUGUAACAUGUAGCUACCUAAGUAGUUUAUUUUUACGAUUUUAUUUAAAAAAUAAUCGGUGCCUGACUAAGAAAAUUAUGAUUUUUUAAAAUGGAAUAAUUUUAUAUUAUACAGUAAUUAGGAAUAAGAUUUGUUAUAAGUGAUAAGACUAUAAAUAAGUGAUAUUUUUAAAUAUACAGUAAUUUUAAUUGGAAAA